UGUUAUUUUGCAGUAAUGCUUCAGGCGACCUUAUGUUGAAACCGCUAUUGAUCAAUCGUGCUAUGACGCCCCGCUCGUUGAAGGGGGCUGAUUUCAACAAACUGCCAGUGCACUGGAAAGCUAACACUAAAGCGUGGGUCACAAAAGCCGUUUUUGAGGAAUGGUUUUACGAUAUGUUUAUUCCGGAAGUGAAAACAUACUUGGAAGGAAAAGGUUUGGAGUUCCACGUGCUUUUGAUUUUGGAUAACGCUCCAGGACACCUAGUUAUCAAGCACCCAAACGUUCAAGUUGUGUUUCUUCCACCGAAUACAACUUCUUUGUUACAGCCUCAAGAUCAAGGAAUAAUUGCUGCUUUCAAGAAGUUGUACAUUAAACAAUGUCUUCGGUACAUCCUCGAAAAGCUUGAAAGCGAUGAAACGAUGACGGUAAUUCAAGCGUGGAAAGAAUUUAAGAUAAGAGACGCUCUGACGUUCAUAGGAAAGGCUCUGUCUUCUAUGAAAUCUAAAACAUUGAAUUCGUGCUGGAAGCCACUAUGGCCAGAAUGCGUGAAAGCUGGUUCAACAGACCCUUCAAAUGUGGAAGAAUCAGAAAUUCUCAUUCUGGCACAUGCAAUUGGAGGGAAAGGAUUCAAAGAUAUGGAUAGUAGAGACGUUGAAGAGCUUCUUGAAGACACCGAAAUUGAAGAUGAUGAACUGAUGCAGAGUUUAGUCACAUCGGAGCCUUUAGAGGACGAUGAAGACCGGGAUAUCAAGCCAUGUGAUAUCGAAGACGGGAAUAAAUUAGCGGAUACCCUCGUAAAACAUUUUAUGGAAAAGGAUCCUUGUGUUGAGAGAGCCGUUUCAUUUCGGAAUGAUUUGAAACUGUGUAUGCUUCGCUACAAUAGAUUGAACGAAAAAACACAGCCAACAGUUAUCGAUGAAGAUGACGAGGAUUUCAGCUUACCAUUGGAACGCAGACGAUCUCGUCCGAUUUCUUCGGAUGAGGAAGAUAUCGCCACAUCAUCUAACCGCAAACAUCCACGUGUUGCUAAUGAUAGUGAUUAGAUCAAUAAAAGAAAUUCUUUUUUCCACUUGACUACAAUAAAAUUGAUUUAUGAAUACAUUGGUAAAAAUAUCAUGGUAAAAAACUAAAAAUAUGUUUAAUUAAAUUUGUCUAAAUUCCGAAAACAUUUGUUUGUAUUGUAAUUUUUUCAAAUUGCAAAAAUGCAAUUUGAAAAAAUUACUUUCGAACUACUGGACCGCUUCACAUGAUCGAUAUAUCAAAUUAAAGCCAAUUAGCUAGUCUUUCUUGAAAAAAUGUUAUACUAGCAAAACAGUUGGAUUUUGUUUUCGUAAUUAUUGAUUGUAUUUGUUUGCUUAUAGUUUACAUGAUCCAAGGACGCUAUAUUUUUUUAUGUUUCUUGAAAGUUCUGGUUUUUCCACACAAGAUAAUCGAAAAUCAGAAAUGUGAUUUUUAUCGUUUUCGAGUUAUGAGUUUGCCGAUGGUCCGAAAAAUCAGAUUUUUCUCUUUUUCUAUAAAUAACUUUUUUCUAGAAAGAAGAAGCUUUCAAGAAAAAAAUAUUUAAAAUAUAGUGCCCUUGGUCACGCAACCAUAUAAACUAUAAAAAACAAGUACAAUCAAUAGUUACGAAAACUUGGCAAAAUUGGUUGUACUGUUCGAAAAAUGAGAAAAAAUGUUACUCUAUGUUUCUAUAUUUUGUAUUUUAUAUGAAACAUCUAAAUUGGUAAAUUUUAUCAACAAUUAGAGCGACAAAAACUCUAAAGUUUUUAA